AGCGAGAGAUAGAUAUAGAGAGAGAGACAGAGAGAGAUUUCUUUCUGUUCUUCUUGCUUCUGGGUUAAGCAACAGAAGCCGAUAGGAAUGGCGGCGGCGGCAGCGGCGGCGGCGGUUCUCGUCCUGGUCAGCCUCAACGCGAGGUGGGUCGGAGCUCAGGUGCACCACGUGGUCGGCGGCGACCGCGGCUGGGACGCCUCGAGCGCCGUCGGUUCCUGGUCCUCCGGCAGGGUCUUCAGGGUCGGAGACAAGCUCUGGUUCGCUUACUCGGCGGCGCAGGAGAGCAUCGUGGAGCUCAUGACCCGGGACGAGUACGAGUCGUGCGACGUGAGCAACCCGAUCAGGAUGUACACCGACGGCCUCGACAGCGUCCCCCUGGAGGACCAUGGCAUCCGCUACUUUGCGAGCAGCCGGGAGGAAAGCUGCAAGAGCGGCCUGAAGCUCCAUGUGGAGGUCCAGCCGCAGGGAGCCCCUGAUGCCCCCAAGAUAGCCACCUCCGAGGAGGCCGUGCUCGCCGCAGCCGACGGGCCCGUGACGCCGUCUGCAGCCGAUCGCAUCGGCGGGAUCGCCGCGCUGGCGUCCGCCGGAUUGUGGCUCUUUGUUUUGGGGCUAUUUUAGUAUGUUUGGAAGGAUGUUUUCGUCUGGCCCAAGGUAUCUCAUUGUCUGGACUGAAUCAUGUAAGACCAAGCCUUAUCGAUUUGGGCCAUUUUGGGUUUUUCAGCUUGUGAAGGUCUUUAGGACAAUUGCUGUUUCUCUUCUGUAUUCAUUUCCUUAUUCCAUGGAAUGGUGUAGUUUGUAGUAGUAUCGUUAGUACCUUAGUAUUUGUAUAGUGAUACAUGGGAUCCAAAGACUCUUUCGCUAAUAAGAAGAGGCGGGCAUAUGACAA